AUGUACUUUUCAACUAGAGAGACAUCGGGAACUUUACAGGCAUUUUUCAACGAUGGAAUACUUUACACGGCGAACGCAGCAGAUGUUUCUGCAUUUAUUGACUUUGAUGUACUAGCUAAGCAUGAUACAUCGGUGAUGAAUACAUGUAUUUUUGUUGGUGCUAAUGUAUAUAUUGGUGAUAUUGGGGGCAGCAUUGCCGUUUUUGACAAAAAGCUAAAGAAGAAGUCAGAAAUACGUCUUUCAAACAGUCCAAUAUGGACCAUUAAGGUCCUCGACAACACUUUGUAUGCAGGUGAUGAGGCAGGACAUGUUUUUGUGUAUGACCUGCUGGAAAAAGCAGUUGUUAUGAUAGAUGAAAAGCGAUUAGGAAUCAUUGAUAUAUUCAGAUAUGAGGAGCAUGUUGCUGUGUCGUCGUAUGAUGAAAGCUUAAUAAUUUAUGACUCCAAAAGCCUUAGAGUCAUCAGCAGACAUGAUAAAAUAGGCACUCUUUGGAAAAUAGUACAAAAAGGCAACUUUAUUAUCUCGUCUUGUAUUUACCAAGGACUUAAAAUAUUUGAUUUACAGUUUAAUGUAUUGGAGACACUAGAAACAGAAGCUAUUUGCUAUGCCGUUUGCUGCACGGACACAAAGCUCAUUUGGGCACCAUAUUAUUCUGGAUGUAUUGAGUGGGUCGAGUUUGAUUGGAAUGCAUAG